ACGCAUUGGGGUUGGGACACCUUGGCGUGCGACCCGAUUGUCAACUCUGGUGGGGGGGGGCCCACCUGGCCUUCCGGGGUGGUGGGCAUGCUCCGCAGUGAGUACCUCUGACGCUUGCCCAAGCGGGCGAGGAAGUGGAAAUAGGCCUCAAGAAAACUCAGUACUGUUCUCACAGCCAUACAGCUGAGUUCGACCUAGACCCUGGGACAGCCCCCAUCCACCACCCCGAAGUCUUCCUGCCUGUGACUUCCUAUUUGUACUCCUGACUGUCCAGCAAGCACACUCCCAGGACCACCCUUGACCAUCCUCAAUCAAACAAACCAUGCAUGCCAGGGAGGCCCCUAGUCUCCUGUUCCCAGCGCUGCCUCUUGCCUCCUCUGUCUUGAUGCUGCUGAUGACUAGCCUAUGGCUGGUGGGAGCUGGCCCCAGCCUCACGCUGGCUCCGGAGUUGCUGCUGGACCCCUGGCAGGUGCACCGGCUGCUGACUCAUGCCUUAGGCCACAUGACCCUGCCAGGCCUGCUCCUGAGCCUGCUGCUGCUGCCCGCUUUGGGCUGGUGGCAGGAGCGCCACCUGGGCACACUGCGCUUCCUGCACUCCUCCACCCUGCUCUCCCUGGCCACCGGGGUGCUGGCUGUGUUGCUGGCAGGCCUUGGAAUGUCUAGUACAGGUGGCAGCUGUGGAUACAUGCCAGUUCACCUGGCCAUGCUGGCUGGGCAGGGUCACUGCCCCCAGUGGUUUUGGGGGGUCCUGCCACCAAGGCUGUUGCCCUGGCUGCUGCUUGCCUUGACUCCAUUGCUGAGCUCUGAGCCACCCUUCCUGCAGCUCCUCUGUGGCCUCCUUGCUGGCCUGGCCUACAUGAAUGGGGCCUUCUGGUGGCUGGAGCUCUCAGAGCGACGACUACAGAUGUUGCAGGAGGGCAUCUUGUGCAGGACUCUGGCCCAGUGCUGGCCACUGAGGCUCUUUCCCACCCCAGGCCACCCACCUGAAUUGCCUGUCACCCAUCCUGCUAGAGUGAGCGAACAUCCAGCCAGGCUCCCACCAGGCCUCAGACCUGUGCAGCUGACUUGGGAGGGUUCCUCGAAGAUGGAUCUGGACUGGGCCAGGUCCACUUUUGCUCUAGGGACCCCACUAUGGAUAGCCCUGGAUGAGCAGAUGCUACAGGAGGGAAUCCAAGCCUCACUCAUGGAUGGGCCAGUUCAAGGACCUCAGGGCCCACUGUGGCUGACUAAGCCCUCCGUUUCCUCUCUCCGGCUGCAGCAGCUGGAGCGCAUGGGUUUCCCUACAGAGCAAGCCGUGCUGGCACUUUCAGCUACAGGCCAUGUGGAAGGUGCUGUGUCCCUGCUGGUUGGAGGGCAGGUGGACACAGAAGCCUUGGUGACUGAAGGGCAGGGAGGACCUGCCCACCCCAAGGGUCCUGGGCCCCCCUAGCAGAGGGCAGGGGCAUAGGCCCUGCCUGAAGGCAGAUAGCUUGAGUCCCGGUUCUGUGUACUGAAGGCCAUACUGGGUACAAAGCAUGCCCCCACCCUCACUGGCAUGCUGUCUUGGUACGUGUUUAGAAUAAAAGCCAGUUUGUUUUUUA